AUGGCUGUACUGGUAAAGAACCAACCAUUCGACAUUAUCCCCAAAAUCGAAACUGCCGAGAGAAUAGAAGAGCUCGAAAAUACUACAGAUAAUAUCUUUCAUCAUACAAAUUUUGUGACUCGACCCGAUUUCACAAGAUGGCGACCUAUUCUCCAUCUUCUUGCUCCUCAUGGAUGGCUGAACGAUCCCUGCGGUCCAGGCUACGAUCCUUCAACUGGAAAAUACCAUCUCGCUUUCCAAUGGAAUCCCAACGGUAACGACUGGGGAGAUAUCUCCUGGGGACAUGCAACAUCAUACGACAUGAUUAAAUGGGAAACCUCAUCGAAACCGUGUCUCAGUCCAUCGACUUGGUACGACUGUCGAGGGAUAUUCACGGGAUGUUUCCAACCGAGCAAUAUGAACGGAGAAGUUGAUGGAACAUUAAUGUAUGUCUAUACGUCGGCUAAUCAUCUUCCCAUUCACUACACGCAGCCUUAUGUCAAUGGAAGUGAAAGUCUCAGUAUCGCCGUGUCUUGCGAUGGGGGAAAGACGUGGAAGAAGAAAUCCUGCAAUCCUAUCCUGCCCGGACCGAGCCAGGGAUGCAAAGUCACCGGAUGGAGGGAUCCGUUUCUUGUUUCCUCGUGGCCAUCUACGCCGGAGGGCAUUCGGAGAAUUCAUCGUGGAGAAAACGUUCUGUACGGGUUCAUAUCGGGGGGCUUAGUGGACCAUACUCCGACAGUCUUCGUCUAUACUGUGCAAAAGAACGAUCUAACAGAUUGGAAAUACGUCGGUAUUCUGUUAGAUACGGGCCUGAAUUUCCGCCCAUCUCGAUGGUCAGGAGACUUCGGAGUGAAUUGGGAGGUUGCCAAUUUGGUAAUGCUGACAAAUGAUGAGGGCAUAUCUAGAGAUUUCGUAAUCAUGGGAACAGAGGGAUGUCUCCCACGAGACAAUCAAUCUCCGCAAGACAACAAUGGUCCGACUGCGCGAGACAACAGGAUACAUCGCUCUCAGUUAUGGAUGUGUAUCAAAAGCAACGAAUCUACCUCCUCUGCAGCCCUGAUGCAAUACUCCUUUGGAGGCAUAUUCGAUAGCGGACUAUAUUACGCAGCAAACUCAUUCUGGGAUCCCAUCUCGAAACAACAAGUCGUGUUUGGUUGGAUAACGGAAGAGGAUUUACCUGAUACUCUUCGCCAUCGGCAGGGCUGGAGUGGGUUGAUAUCGUUACCUCGGGUACUUAAGUUAAAGACCAUGCAUAGAGUUGUAAGAGCGCGAUCGACGGCUGAUUUGGGGCUUAUCUCUUCUAUUGAAGUGACGCCGGAUGACUAUGGGACUUAUACGGUGCGUACAUUAGGCAUUGGGCCCGAUAGACGAUUAGAAAAAUUGCGGGACAGAGCGCUGGAAAAGACUAUUUGUGAUAGAAGACUUAGGUCGUUAGAUGACUUUAGUUGUGGUCGAAAUUUGCUGAAUUUUGUUUCUCUGAACACACUGCAAUGGGAGUUGGAUGUUGAGAUUGAAGUGAGUAAUAAUUGUGGCCGAGUAGGGUUGGUCAUCGGCGACCCAGAAUAUUCAAAUAAAACAGUCCUCUUCUGGGACCCAAUCAGCGAGUCCUUCAUCAUCGAGCGACCAAGUCUUCAUGUGAACCUGGAUGACAACACCAACACCAAAAUCAAUCAAGGACGAGAAGUCAGUCCUCACACUCUAUUUACAUAUACAACUGAAUCACGAGAAAAUCAUGACAAUCUCGUCAAUAAAUCGACCGAAGUAGAAGAAUCACUUUAUAUCCGGGCCAUAUUCGACGUCAGCGUUCUCGAGGUAUUUGUGAAUGAGCGCACAGUAUUAUCGACUCGGAUAUAUCAUACAAGUAAUUCAGAAGAACCACACCCAAAAGAUGCUGGCUAUUUUGGAAUGUAUUUCUUUGCGGACAAAUCAGAUGACGGAUGCAAAGGGGACGAUGACGAGCACUCUCCCGCGAGGCUGGUUCGUGCUACUGUUUGGGAUGGGCUGUCAUUACAUUAG